AUGCUCCAACUCUACCAACCGCUCGCCAGCUGUGCGCCAUCCACGCAUGAAGACGUCUACAUUUUUGCAAUAGCCCCCGUCGCGGGACGCGGACUUGCUGCCAUCACUUCUGCCGAUGAGCUUCUUCUCCUCGAUAGGGACAACCUGGCGGUUUCCAACCCCAUGGGGAUUCAAGGGGUGCCCCAUAGGCUCUCUUCUUUGGUGGUUGACGAGCAGGGAACAAGUCUGAUUUGUGCUGGAGACGAUGGGACCGUGGCAAUUUUUGACGUCCGAACUCAGUCCAGUGUUGCCCACUUCAAGUCGGCCAAACCUGUCAAUUCUCUGGCUCUCAGGCUGAACGAUGUGGCUCUUGGCAGCGAAGCGCUCGUAUCCGUCUGGGAUCGAAGACAAGCGAAGGUCAGAUGGCAGAAUGCUGAGAUCAACGAUGAAAUCACGGCAUUGGGCUUCCACCCCUCCAGGGAUAAUCUGCUUCUGAGCGGAGGCGAUGACGGUGUAGUCUGCGUGUUUGACACCCAAAUUCAGGAAGAGCAGGACAGUCUGCUUCAGGCCGUCAACCAUGGUCCAAUUCACAAGGCAGGCUUCUUGGGACCAACAAAUCUAUACGCUUUGAGUUCGGACCAGAAUCUGGCGCUGCACUCUCUCACUGUUGAUGACGCAGAUGCGGAAACAGAUCAACCAGCACCGGAUCAGUUGGGCGAUCUGAGACCAAUUAUCCCCUGUGAAUAUGUGAUUGACAUCCUCCAAAGCGGCACGGACCAUGUCGUGGCUUGUGGCUCGCAUAGCAAUUCUCGUGUUGACUUGGUCCGAGUGGGCCGAGGAACAGGCCUCAAUGUGGACCAGCGAAUCGUCCUCGAAAAUGCCCAUGGUGGAGAGGUUGUUCGAUCAAUAUUUGCAGACGAAACCGACGGUACAAUUUUCACGGCAGGCGAAGACGGACGCAUUAUGGCAUUUCGUCCAUACGGCAGCGGUCUACCUAUCACUCCUGUUAAAGGCACGAAACCCAAGAAGGUCACAGAUACGAGAUACAGACCCUACUAG